AUGGACAGCCUGAUCUCCUCGGAUCACUCGCCCCGUCGCGACCACAUUGACUAUCACCAUUUGGAAUCGCUCCAGACGUAUACCAACGACUUUAUGGACCUACGGCAGAACGGCCUCACCAGCGAGGCGUCCCAACUGCACGCGUUGCUCAACGGAAACCCCACUUUGGCAAAAUCUUAUAGCUGGUCUCAUUCGGAUUUGGACCUUGGUGAGGAUGAUGUUGUUCCGGCCUCGAAUAACUCCGGAAUGCACUCGAAUCUUCAAUUUCCACCGGUCACCGGCCACUCUAUGGGAAUGAUCCACAUGAACGACCCGAACCUUACCACAGCAAAAGGUCUCUUGCCCUUUGGAUCGAUCUCUGAGUCACUUUCCAAUUCUACGAUCUCUUCGUACGACUCAAUUCCCCCGGGCCUCUCUUCAUCUGUGUCGAAUUCGUUCUCCGGUCACUCGCUUCACACGUCUUCCGACCCGAACAUCGGUCACUCUUCUCAGGAAGACCCACUGGUAUCCCAUACGGUUCUGUCUACCCCCGUGAGAACCACAGUUGCCAGAAGACGAUCUUCCACACUUACUUCUGGUUCCAACGGACCCAAUACGACACUGAUCACUGCUACGCCUCAGUCUGCUUCAAACACUCUUUACCAGACUCCUAUCAAAAGAUCAAGCAGUUUCACUCCAAGAAGACGAUCCCAUGCCAGAACACGGUCCAGACUCUCAAUGGACGCUUCCCAUGCCAUGGGCACCAAUCCAUUCUACACUCCUCCCUCAUUUCUGUCGCCGAAGCUGGAGUCUCCAAUGUCGCAAACUCCAAUUGACUUGUUCUCGUCUCAUCCUCCUGUCAGUAUUUCGCCGCAAAUGCUAAUGAAGUCGGACACAAUUCUAUCCACACCUGUUCAAGAGGAAUACUCCCACCAAAACGAUGACGGAGCACCUGGUAUGCGCAGACUGCGUGCGAAAAAGUUGGCCAGUGAGCCAUUGUUGUCGCACAUGUCUUACGGAAACUCUGGAAUGCACCAGGAAUCAGUCAACCCGAGUCUCGUGAUGUUCCAAACACAACAGCCGAUCAUUGACACCCAAUUGCUCUCGCGGUCGCACUCUUCGUCAUUGCUUGUGGACCCUGAGAACACUGAAUCUUUUUCGGCACAGCCACAGCACCGUCCAAGUCUGGUGGGCAGUGUCACAAUGGGCUCGAUACCUCAGCCGCACAACAGUUCGUUUUUGCAGAGAUCGCGUUCUUCUAUCAAUCUUUCGGCCAUAGCUCUUUCGAAAGAAAGCUCCAUUGCUUCCAGGAACAUGAACAUAUCCAUGAACCCUGCUGCCAAUCUGCCCUACAGCAGAAGCGGCAAUUCGUUCGACCUAGUGCAGCAGCAGACUCCACCUCCCACUGCGAUGUCUGGUUCCAAAUCCACGCCUUCGAUCAAGGCGCAUGUUGCUGCUCCGGUCGUUGUAACACCAGUCAGAGGACAUCGGAGAGCAAAAUCGUCGGUUCCGAACGUGCCCAUGUCAGCCGAAGACGAGCUGAAGGCCAAGAAGAAGAUCCACGAGUGUCCCAUCUGCCACAACAAGUUCCAGCGGCCAGAGCAUGUGAAAAGACACAUGAGAUCGCACUCGAGUGAAAAGCCAUAUGAGUGUCCGCUCGAUGAGUGCGGCAAGAAGUUCAACCGAAAAGAUAAUCUCAAGCAACAUCUCCGUAAGAUCCACGGAAUGACCCCGACCAAAGAGAUAUGA